UGCUGAUUGCCAACUUUUGGGUAUCGUUAGCUUAUUUAGCUUGUCAAAACGUGGCUAUCUUCUUGGCCAAUAAUUCCGAAUCAAAAUUGUUCAAUAACGAAUUAGGUUUUUACAUUAACAUAAGCUUUCUUUGACAAUUUAAUGUCAAGGUCCUGGGUGUUCCUAAUCAAAAAUUGUCUACUUAAGUUGAAAAUGGAAGCUGAAACCAUGAGUAACACGGAAAUGGGCCAAGGAUCCAGCGCCGAUGAAGAUGCCCCUGAUGGCGGCUGGGGGUGGAUAGUUUGUUUUGCGGUCGGGAUCUCCCAAAUAACAAUCUUACCAGCCAUGCAACAAUUCGACUUGAUAUACAAAGAUCACCUGGAGCAUUUGGGGUUAACUUCCGCCCAGAUUGGGGCCAUCAUCAAUACGAGUAACGCCUUAUCUUACUUAGUAGCGGUCAUCAGUGGUCCUUUGUUCCGAAUGUUUUCAUUUAGGACGGUUGGAGUUGGCUCCGCAAUGCUAGUUAGUUUUGCUCUAUUUCUUACAGCGCUGUCGAAAUCCUUUCCAGCCUAUAUGCUUGGCUUUGGCGUUCUUUUCGGUGCUAGUAUUGGGCUUUCCUUAACCACGGGCACCAUUAUCUUGAACACAUAUUUUUUUCGCAAGCGACGUUUGGCGAAUGGAGUUUCUUGGGCUUUGGCAUCAAUAGGACCCUUCAUCAUGCCCUAUGUUACCAACCUACUAUUGGCACGGUUUGGAGUAAAGGGAACAGUUCUAGUUCUUUCUGCAAUUUCAAUAAACUCAGCUGUAUGCGCCCUGAGCUUUCAGCCUGUUAGCUGGCAUAUUACGAGGGAGAAGCUCAAAACAUAUUGCAACCCGAGGACUAAGAGUCCGGAAGUCUCCGAGCCUGUAGACGCACAGGGUAUUGAAUCUAGCUCGCAAGUUUUGUCAGCGCAUUCGAAACCUUUGAAGGAAGAAAUAUCCAAAAGGACCUCGAUCUUGAGAAGGAUAGCGCGCAAUUUUGACCUGGAUCUGUUUAAGGAUUUUAACUACGUAAUAACCAUCUUUGGCUUAAGUAUCGCCGAUUUCGCAGAAAUGAAUUUUAAUAUUUUAAUGCCUUCUGUUUUGGACAAAAUCGGUUUUACGGGGGCUGAAAUCGUUACCCUUUUAACGCUGAUAGCUUUGAUGGAUUGUUGCAUGAGGCUGUUAGUCCCAAUACUUGUUGAGAAACUGGGGUGGAAAAACCGAAGCUGCUACCUGAUGGGCGUUGUAAUAAUGGCAAUAGGCCGGGCUAUCUUAGCAUAUUCCAAAAAAUACUCGGUUGUAUUUUACACAUCAUUUUUGAUUGGGUUUGGAAAAGCGGUGAUUACUGUCUUUUUGAACCUCGUUACUCCAAGUUGUGUGACAAUUAAGCGCCUUCCAGCAGCAACGGGGAUACAAAUGACGAUGACCGGGAUUUUUGCGGUUACUGGAGGACCACUUGUUGUCAUAAUCAAGGACAAAUGCAGCACUACAGUCUUGUUGCAUUCUUUGAAUGUGUUAACAUGCGUGACAGUUGUCCUAUGGAGUUGGCAAUAUAUUUUUUGUAAGAAGAGACAAUAAACAUCAGCUUUGGAAAGUCA